AUGACGCAGGUCGACAUCAGCACUAUCAUGAACAAAGAUAACACUUUGAACGAGGACUACGUUCGCGCUUACGCCCAGCAGUACGUCGGUUCGUACCUCAACACCAUUUGGGACGAACCUCUCGGAGAGAAAUACGGAUGGAACGCAACGGAAUGGCGCGCUGUCGUGAGCCGUAUCCAGGAGAUCACUAUGGAGGAGAACGGGGGCCACCCCAUGAUCUACGGACUUGACUCGGUACACGGAGCGAACUACGUCACCGGAGCUGUGAUCUUCGGCCAGCAGAUCAACAGUGGUGCUAGUUUCAACCCGGAUCUAGUUCACAAGGCAGGCCAGAUCACUGCCCGCGACACCCAAGCUGCUGGAAUCCCUUGGAUCUUCGGACCCAUUCUCGAGAUCUCGCAGAACCCCCUCUGGUCUCGCACUUACGAGACGUUCAGCGAGGACCCACAUCUCGUUACCGUCUUGGGUGAAGCGCUUGUCCGCGGUCUCCAAAGCUACAAUCAAACCGGGGCUUGCAUGAAACACUUCAUUGGUUAUUCCAAGACCCCUACCGGACACGACCGCGACAACGUCAUUAUGGAUGAUUUCGAUCUGCUUAACUACUUCCUCCCUCCGUUCAAAGCUGCAAUGGACGCCGGCGCCAUGUCGGUGAUGGAGAACUACAUCUCAAUCAACGGUGAGCCUGUGAUUGCCAGCCCUCGCAUCUUGAACGACCUGCUCCGUUCGGAUCUUGGAUUUGAUGGUCUUCUAGUGUCCGACUGGGCUGAGAUCAACAACCUUAAGGACUGGCACCGUCUUGACAUGAGUAUGGUCCCGAACGAUACAUCUUUCAUCAACUACACCGAGAACAUGCUGGUGGGCUACCCUCAAUACGAGACCCGUCUCCGUGAGUCUGCUAAGCGUAUCAUCAAGAUGAAGCUCAAGCUUGGACUGUACGAAAACCCGGUCCCUGGCGAGGAGUUUGAGUUCUUGGUUGGUAACGACGAAGACAAGGCGGUAGCACUGGACUUGGCACGCGAGUCGAUCGUCCUUUUGAAGAACAAUGAGAGCGUGUUGCCGUUAGCCAAGGACGCCUCCGUCUUCCUGACCGGUCACUCGGCUGACAACGUUGGUCACCAGUGUGGAGGAUGGAGCGUUGCAUGGCAGGGGUACUCUGGCAAUGAAAUGUUCCUGAACGGUAUCUCGGUACGUCAGGGCUUUGAAGACUUGGUAGGCAACAACUCGUUCACCUUCUUCAAUGGUCUGUACGAGAACGGCACAUACUCAGAGGCCGAUCUCGCCAAGGCCGUGGAACUUGCCAGUCAGCACGAGUACACGAUCGCUGUAAUUGGUGAGAAGCAGUACACUGAAAAGCCUGGCGACAUUGACGAUCUGGCCUUGCCUGCUGGUCAGAUUGAGUAUGUCGAGGCGCUUGCUGCCACCGGAACCAAGGUCAUCAUCGUUUUGUUCGAGGGUCGUCCUCGUCUUCUCGGCUCCCUGCCAGACACCGCCAGCGCAAUCAUUGAUGGUUUGAUACCCUGCGAACUCGGAGGUCAGGCAAUGGCUGAGAUCAUCUACGGUGAUGUGAACCCGAGCGGAAGGCUCCCGAUCACCUACCCGAAGGACCCGGCGAACGUCGCGAUUCCGUACUACCACCGUGUUAACACUCAGUGCGCUUACGACCACUGCUGGAUGCAAUGGGACUUUGGUGCCGGUCUCAGUUACACCGAGUUCAACUACUCAGCGGUGUCUCUUGACACGACAACGAUCACGAGCGCUGAUGCUACCGUCACAGCUACCGUGACGGUCACGAACGUAGGCAUCCGUGCCGGUAAGGAGACCGUCAUGUUGUUCCUAACCCAGCCGUACCGCACGAUUUCCGUUCCUGAAGUGAAGAUGCUAAAGAAGUUCAAGAAGAUUGAACUGCAGCCCGGGGAGUCCCAGGACGUGUCGUUUGCCCUCUCGGUGGAUGACUGGAGCGUUUACGACCCGCAGAUCGGCAAAGGCUUCAAGAAGGUUACAGAGGACAGCAACUACGUGGUGGCCAUCAAACCUGACACGUGGUGCAACGUCUACAAGAACAUAACGCACCCGCUCUGCGCCGUGUUCACGAUUGACACUGGCCGUGACAGCUUCGGCCUUCCCCCUCCGGUCGUGAACGUCACCGGCACAAAUGCUCCUGUUCUUCAAGACCCCGUCACGCUUCCCAGCACGACUGACCCAGUCACUGAGCCAUCCGCUGAUGAAGCUGGAGCCGGAACUGUUGAGGCAGGUAACUACUAA